AUGGCAGGUUCCUCCCAUCUCGUCGCUUCCACGGCCAUCGCUCUGCUUCUCCUCCUGCUGUCGACGUGCUCCUGCCGCGCGGCGAGCAGCAGCGGCAAGAACCCGAGCGCCGUGGUGCUGCCGGUGCGCAAGGACAGCGCGACGCUGCAGUAUGUGACCGGGUUCCGGCAGCGCACUCCGCAGACGCCCGUGACGGUGGUGCUCGACCUCGGCGGCGCCACGCUCUGGGUUGACUCCGUGAUCCCUCGCGUGGCCGCCGUGGCGCCGUUCAGGCUCUGCUACGACGGGAGCAAGGUGGGGAGCACCCGCGUCGGCCCGGCCGUGCCGACCGUCGAGCUGGUGCUGCAGAACGAGGCCACGUCGUGGGUGGUGUUCGGGGCCAACUCGAUGGUGCCCGCCAGGGGCGGCGCGCUCUGCCUCGGCGUGGUAGACGGCGGCCCCGCCCCUCGGACGUCGGUGGUGGUCGGCGGCCACAUGAUGGAGGACAACCUGCUGGAGUUCGACCUGCAACGGUCGCGCCUCGGGUUCAGCUCAUCCCUGCUCUCCCGGCAGACGACUUGCAACAACUUCCGCCUCGGGUAGGAAUGGCUGCAG